AUGUUGGCCCCUCUUUUCGCCAGGCGUGCAGCGCCCAAGGUGAGUCUCAUCGUCACCGUGUGAUGCACCGCCACUUCUCACCGAAGUCGAAACGUCGCCUAACCUUUCGCCGAUCUCUUCGUCCCCACGCCGCAGGCCUUUCAACCCUCCACACUUCCUCGGCUCGUCCAGAACGGCUCUUUGAGAGGGUAUGCCACUGAGGCCAAGCCUUAUGAUGUGGUCGUACUUGGUGGUGGGCCCGGUGGCUACGUAGCUGCUAUCAAGGCCGCGCAGCUCGGCUUAAAGGUGAGUCGCCUACAAGCUCAGGCUUACCACAGCCAAUGCUUUUGGAAAGGUUUUCGGAGCUGUCCUGCAAGUGUUACUGACGCAUACACACCAUCGUCUCCCUCUCUUGGCUGGGCACGACAGACUGCAUGUGUCGAGAAGCGCGGAUCGUUGGGCGGUACCUGCCUAAAUGUAGGAUGCAUUCCUUCGAAGGCAAUGCUCAACAAUUCUCACUUGUACCACCAAGCUACUCACGAUUUCAAGAACCGAGGUAUCAAUGUCGAAAAUGUUUCCAUUGACCUGAAGAAGAUGCUCGGAGCGAAGGAGGGUAGCGUCACAGCACUGACCAAGGGUAUCGAGGGUCUUUUCAAGAAAAACAAAGUGGACUACAUCAAGGGACACGGUGCUUUUGCCGAGCCGGGCGCAUUGACCGUCAAGCUCAACGAUGGCGGUGAGACGAGGGUAGAGGGAAAGAACAUCAUCAUUGCCACAGGGUCCGAAGUCACACCUUUUCCCGGUAUUGAGAUCGAUGAAAAACAGAUCGUGUCUUCCACAGGCGCGCUGGAGCUGGAAAGCGUGCCAAAGAAGAUGAUUGUCAUCGGUGGCGGUGUCAUCGGGCUGGAAAUGGGCUCCGUAUGGAGCAGACUAGGCGCAGAAGUGACUGUUGUCGAAUUCUUGAACGCGGUCGGAGGUGCUGGCAUGGACCCCGAGGUCAGGUGAGUGCGAGCUGUGGCCGCACGCUUUUGACGUGGCGGGCAUGCGAAAUCCAGACUGCUUGUAUCUUACACUCUGCGUCGGGACCCACAGCAAGAAAUUCCAGUCGAUUCUCGGCAAGCAGGGCUUGAAGUUUAAGCUUGGCACUAAGGUCAUCGACGCCGAGAAGAAGGACGGCAAAGUCUUGCUGAACGUCGAAGGCGCGAAAGAUGGCAAAAAGGAAGCUCUGGAUGCCGACGUGGUGCUGGUGGCAAUCGGCCGCCGGCCAGUCACCGAAGGUCUGAACCUCGAAGCUGUUGGCAUCGAGAAGGACAAUCGAGGUCGGAUUGUCGUGGACGACCAAUACAACACCACCUGCAAAGGAGUCAAGUGCAUUGGUGAUGCCACCUUCGGUCCAAUGCUUGCCCACAAGGCCGAAGAGGAGGGCAUCGCAGCUGUGGAGAUCAUUGCCACUGGCCACGGUCACGUCAAUUACAAUGCAAUUCCGGCCGUUGUAUACACCCACCCUGAGGUGGCGUGGGUCGGCAAGAACGAGCAGGAACUGAAAGACGAAGGUGUGGAGUACAAGAUCGGUAGUGAGUACGAAAGACCUGACGAGAAGAUUGCUACCCGUCCGCGGCAAGCGCUGACAGCUACUUUGAAAUAAUUGCAGAUUUCCCCUUCUUGGCCAACGUGAGUCACACAAAUCGAGAGAAAUCCGCCCCUGAGUGUCGGAUAGCUUACCCAUUCUCUCUCACUUGGUUGGGCCAAUGCAGUCAAGAGCCAAGACAAACGCGGACUCAGAAGGCUUCGUCAAGUUUUUGACCGAGAAGACGACGGACAAGAUCCUCGGCGUUCACAUUAUCGGACCCAAUGCUGGUGAAAUGAUUGCGUCGGGCGUGCUUGCCAUGGAAUACUCUGCCUCGUAAGUCUACCUUCGUCGUGUCUCGAAAAUGAGCCAGUCUGCCACAGCGCUGAUGUCUUUUUGUGCGGCCUGCUCGCUGGACAGAGCGGAAGACAUCGCCAGAACCUGCGCUGCGCACCCCACCUUGCAAGAAGCUUUCAAGGAAGCGGCUAUGCAAGCUACAUUUGGCAAAGCGAUUCAUUUCUAG